CGGUGCCUGCAGCCUGCAGGCUCUGACAGUCUCUCGAUGCUGUGCUCAUUUCAGCUGCUGUCCCGCCCAGAAGCUGGACAAGAGGACUUGCAUGCCCUGUGCCAACUCCAGAAGCUCUUGAAGCAUCCCAGCCCAGCGCUGCACUCACUGGCGCUCAGCGUUCUCUACCCGCUGUCAGAGAGACCUGAAGUGGUGAGAAGGGCAUAGUUAUGUGAAGGCCGGUGGGCCUUUGUCCUGAAGGUAUCAUGGCCUACUCACGGCCAGCUGGGAGGUCUCUGCUCUGCCUGCAGCUCUGUGGCGCAGAAGAAAUGAUCAAGAAAUGAUCUGGCCAUGGAGGGGCCCAGCGGCUCUCUGGGGAGCUUUCCAUGCAUGCAGGGUUACCAACCCGUGUACCUUUUGGGGCUGGUCCGAAAAAGGGACACACAGUCCUUGCUCAGCUGCCCUCCUUUUCCUACCCUUGCUCCCCUCACAUACGCAAUGGGUGCCCAUGGCCAUUGCCUGCCUGGUGGCUGCUUCCCAGUGCAAGUCUCCUGCUGCCUCUCCACGAGCAAGAUGGGAGCCUGGUGCUCUGGCACCACAGGGUUUUGGCCAGGGUGGCCUUUCAUUGUUUCACCACAAGGAAACUCUGUCCUUCAUACAGGCAAGAAAGCUUCCAGUCCUGCUGCCAGGCAUCAUUCAGUGCCUGCACGAUGCCAAGACUAACACCAAGACGAAGGCCCUGCUUCUCAUCAGAAACGUGAUGGAGCAAGUGCAGAGGAAGCAGGCCAGCUCCAUCGCUCUGCAAGUGGCUGCAGAUAUCCUGCCACUGUUUGACGACGAGUGCAGCCAGGUGCAAGAGCUCUCCAUCUGCCUCUACAAGAAAGUCAUGCAGGUUGUGGUGUGGUUCCACAAGAGACAGAUGAAGAAGGUCGUGCGGAGGGGCCUGCUCCCACUCUUCUUUUACAUGAGUGACCAGACCCAGAGCGUGGCCAAGGCCUCCAUGGAAGCCCUUGUCACCGCUGCAGAGUUCCUGAAGCGGAAAGAUCUCAAGCACCUGGCCCAGACACAGCAGACCUGGAGGAUCGCUGAGUGCUUGCUCGUGCAGGACAAGGGAAUGGUGGAGGAAUACCUGCAGCACAGCCUGCUGUACCUGCAGCACAUUCAGGCCCCCUUGCGGGAGGCAGCCGUGAGGUUCAUCGGCCUUGCCGCGCAGCACUGCAAGGACCAGAGCGAGAAGAACAUUCAAAAGAUCUGCAGCGCCCUCCAGCCCAUGCAGUAUGACGAGGAGCUCCGUGUUGUCUCUCUGGCGACUCAGACCGUCUUCAUCCUGGGUUCAAGGGCGCAGCCGGCAUCAAGAUGGCGCCGGUGGGCGCUGUGCUGCUGACCCUCCUAAGCCAGGGAGGGACAGAAACCUUCAAACACUCAUAUUCAAUUAAAACUCCAACAACACGUGCAGGGCCAUGGUGUCCUUUG